AUGAGUGUGCGUCAUCUUGGCGGGGCCCUGCGGUGGGUGGUGGUGGAGUCCCUCGAGGAGCGCGUGGAGGCGAUGCGGGGGCGGAUCGAGCGGCUGGGACUGACCGGGGAGGCCCGGGCGGGGGCGACGGGGCCCCUCAAGAGUAGAGCCGGCGGCAGCGGCGAAGGGGGUGAAAAGGGGGAGGGCCUCCUGCGGGGGAUUGAGCGACUGCGGCGGCGACUUCAUGCGGAGCGGGUGCGGUGUGUGCGGGCGGGGGAUGCGGAUCGGGUGCGUCUCCUCGACCGCGAGCUGCAGGAGGCCGCGGAGCUGAAGGCCUGCGCCGCGCAGUACUUGAAUAUGUCCGCCGAGGAGGUGGGGGAGGCAAAUAGCGAACCCAACACCCUCUCCUCGGAGUGCACCUCCGAAGGUUCCCUUUCCUCCUCAUCAUCAUCUUUUUCAAUUUGUUCCUCCAACUCUGGUGAUUUUUCGCAUUCUAUACUUUUCUCGUCAUAUCCAGGUGCUGGGAAAAAGGGUGGAACCGCAGAUUCAAAGAGGAAUCACACAAAAACUAUGUAUAGUUCUCCUAAUCAAGAUAAUGAGGAGGUAAUUCGUCCGGAUAUUUCUAAAAGAGAUGUUCACACUCAACCUUCAAAGAAAGGUCUGGGAGGAUGGAUGGCAGAUGUGACAAAUACCACUUCUGGUACCACUGAUCAAACUCGUUAUUCUUCUUCAGUGCCUAGACGUCCACAUCCGCAGUCAGAUCUUUUUCGUAUUUAUGGAGUUUCUGUACCACUUGAACGACCUCAGGUAAACCGACCAGGAUCUGCUCAGGUAUAUCGAAGAAAAUAUAGUACCGGUAGUACUGCCUGCAAUUCUAGUAAUAGUAAUCUGAAGAAUACUGAUACGAGACCAAUGGAAUGGGCUAAUUCAACCACAGAUAGUAUUAAAGUAGUGGAUGCGUCAGGCGCAGGAGUUUCUGUUGUGAUGCGACGCAUGGUGCGACCUAUUUCACAGCAACAAAAACAGGGUGGAGAUGUUGCAUCUGCUACUGCUGCUGUGAAUAAGCUAGACUUGACACGACGACCUGUAUUAACAGUUAGACGGGAUUUAAAAACUAGACUUAAACCACAAAAUGCGAUGCCUGGAAUCCGCGAAGCAAAUGAAGCUGCAGCUGUAGCAGUUGAUGCGGCGAUGGCUGCUGUAGGUGCGUCAACAACAUCCGCACCGCAGACACCACGUGCCCCACAGACGCCACGUUUAUCAGUUAAGCAAAAUACUCUUAAUAGACUCGGUAGUAACAAUCACCUUUCGCGUCAGGGGAGUGUAGAGGGGAGCAACUUGGGGACAAAACGCCGUGGACAGAGUUUUCACUCUUAUCGCACUCUUGAUACUAAUGCCGCCUUUGUACAAUUACGCCGUGAGGAAGGAAAUAAAUAUGUACAAAAUAAACAAUAUGAAGAAGCGGUAAAAGCGUAUAGUGAAGCAAUUGAACGUGAUCCUAACAGUGAUAUUCUUCUUUGUAAUCGAGCUGUAGCAUAUUUAUUCUUAAAUCAACAUGCACUAGCCCUUAUGGACUGUGAAACUGUACUACGACGUUCUCCUUCUAAUCUUAAAGCGCAUUGGCGAGCAGCUAGAGCACUCCUCUAUGGAAAUAAAGUUCAAGAUGCAAAGCGACACUACCGUAUUGCACUUCAACUUUGUAUAGACCCAGUAGAUGAGCGCAGUAUAGCGGAUGAGGUAAAGGCAACACGAGCUUUUGAGAUGUAUUAUACUCAUAUGAAAGAAUGUCGCUGGACAGAAAGUGUAUCAUGUGCAGAUCAACUGCUACGUGUAUUUGGUUCUACUGGUAUGUGUAGUUUACCAUGGCACUGUCGUAAGUUAGAAGCCAUGCUUCAUAUAGAUUCAUGGCGUACAUUAGAUUACAUAAACCGACGUCGGGCAUCACAUCCCACAAAUUCAGAACUUAUGUUUCUUCAUGCGAAGUGUCUAUUUUUUUGUGCACAUGAUCCAAAAUCAACACAAGAAGCACUUGAAUUGAUUCGUGCGGCUCGAAGUCAAAAAGGGAAUGAGGGUAAUACAGAAGACAGUCGUUAUACUCAUCUAGAGCGCACUAUAAGUUCUUUUGAACGUCACCGCGAUCGUGGGAAUAGUGCAUAUGAGAAUGGGGAUUGGAGUGAAGCUUACAUUGCAUACACACGCUGUCUCUCACUUGAUCCUCUUAAUAAAUCUCUUAUUGCUGUAACAUACUGCAACCGUGCUGCAGCUUGCAUGCAAGGUGGACGCUGGGAUGAUGCAUUGAGUGAUAUACAUCGUUCAAUACAGGUAAAUGGCUCUAGCGCUAAAGCAUACGCGCGACGAGCACGUAUUUAUCUUCACUUUCUCUAUAAUAGAGCUAGAGCAGGUAUUGAUUAUCUUGAGCUUGCAAUAAAUGACCUCACCAAAGCUGUGGAGCUUGCCCCAACUGAAGAGAAUAAAAAACAGCUUGCUGAGGUGAUUAAUAUGCGACGUAAGGAAGAAUUUUAUAAUGCUUCACGUACUGGUAGUAAUAAAAACGAUGAUUCAGAAAAGCGCAACAACGAACAACAAGGCUCUCGUGCAGGAAACUCUUACCGAAACUCUGGUUCUUUUGAUUCACAACGUAAAUCCCCUAAUGGUCGGAGUAACAGCAGCAGUGGCAAUAACAACAACAGUAAUAGUAACAGUAACAGUAAUGGCAAAGCACAACUGCACUCCAAGAUGCAGUGCGCACGGGUGUUGGGUUUAGACAACGCAGUCGGUCUGGAUGCGAAGUUGCUCGCACGGGCAUAUCACGAGGCGGCAUUGCGGUGGCACCCGGACAAGUGGGUUGGCGCAGGUCUGCAGGAACAUCAGGUGGCGGAACAGAAGUUUAAGGAAAUUAAUAUGGCCUACCAAUCGUUAAAGGAGAUGUUAGUGCGCUGCUAA